GUUGUGCUGCGCUGCUGUAGUUGGAGUUGGACUCGCCACUCGUGUCCCCUGCUCGGCUCGCUCGCUUCGCUGCCCCGCGCGGGCCUCCCCAAUCUCCGACCACCGCCUCGCCUCCUCCUCCUCCCCAAUGGCCGCUCCCUCCCACCUCCACCUCCUGGGCUGCCCCCAAACCCUAGCCCUAUCCCCGCACUCGUCGCGGGCCCCCUCCGCCGCUCCCCGCCUCGGCCUCGGCCUCCGCCUCCGCCUCCGCCGCCUCCGCCCCGUCGCCGCGCUCGGCCCCGCCGACGCCGGCGAGCUGCUCGGCCGCGUCGAGGCGUUCCUCUACACCGUCGCGGACGCCGCCGUCUCCGCGGCCCCGGAGGCUGCGGAAGCCGGCGCCGGGGCCAAGGAGGCCGCCGGGGACUGGCUCUCCGGCAUCACCAACUCCAUGGAGACCGUGCUCAAGGUUCUGAAAGAUGGUCUAUCAGCUCUCCAUGUUCCUUAUUCAUAUGGUUUUGCAAUCAUUCUCCUCACUGUUCUUGUCAAGGCAGCUACAUUCCCUCUUACAAAGAAGCAGGUUGAGUCUGCACUAGCAAUGAGGUCACUGCAACCUCAAGUGAAGGCAAUUCAAGAACGAUAUGCUGGCGAUCAGGAACGGAUACAAUUAGAAACUGCUCGUUUAUACAAGUUAUCUGGUGUUGACCCUCUUGCAGGAUGCUUGCCUACCCUAGUGACAAUACCAGUUUGGAUUGGUCUAUACAGAGCUCUCUCAAAUGUGGCUAAUGAGGGACUUCUUACUGAAGGAUUUUUUUGGAUACCUUCUUUGGCUGGUCCUACAACAAUUGGUGCUCGACAAAAUGGCCAGGGAAUAUCCUGGCUUUUUCCUUUCACGGAUGGCCAUCCACCUCUUGGCUGGUCGGACACUUUGGCAUACCUUGUCUUGCCAGUUCUUCUUGUCAUUUCACAAUACAUAUCUGCUCAAGUAAUGCAGCCACCACAGAGCAAUGAUCCUAACCAACAAGGCGCUCAAGCUGUAACAAAGUUCUUGCCAUUGCUAAUUGGUUAUUUUGCUCUUUCUGUACCUUCUGGACUAAGUCUAUACUGGCUUACUAAUAAUAUCCUCAGCACUGCACAACAAGUGUGGCUUCAAAAGCUUGGAGGUGCAAAAAAUCCUGUCAAGGAAUAUAUUGAGAAACUUUCAAGGGAAGAGUUGACUAAUGUCCGGAAGAAUGAAUCUGCUGUUCAGAGUGAACCUCUCCCUAAUCUUAGUAAACCCCAGCCCAGCCAAGAGCCGAAAACAACUGGGCCACAACGUGGUGAAAGAUUUAGGAAACUAAAGGAGGAAGAAUCAAGGAGAAAAGAGGUUCCGGGACAAGCAAAACAAUCAGAACAGUCAAGCACCGAAUCUAAUGUUCUUGAUGGAGCACAAAAUUCUGGUUCCUCUUCUGGAGACAACAAAGAUGAACAGGAAUCUCAUGAAAAUGGAUCAAUCGUAGCUAAUAGCAAUGGCGGACUUGACCAUAGUAGGAACGAAAGGACUCUGAAUGGAACCUCAGAAAAGGAAGCAGUUGAUGGUCAUUCCUCAGUAAGCAAACCUACAUCACCGGAUGCCCCCAAACUGAUGGACCAAGAGAAUGGAAAUGAUGUGGUAUAGAGGAUGCACGUUAGCGACAAGUCGUUCCACUUUGAUACGUUCACAGAAAUUCAAGGUUCAAGUGGAUUUGAUUCUUCCAUGCGCUCUUCUGAAUUUACGGUACAAUUUAGCUGUGAGAUAGUGAGCAAUAAUUUCACAGCUACAGGAGAGUCGAGUAUCACACGAAGAUCCACCAGGAGAGGCAACAUUGUUUGGAACCACGCUCUAGGGCUAGGCUCUUUUUUAUAUUUUAGAAAUUGAGGCUGUAGAUUAUGUGAAAGCUUGUAGAUGAAAGGAUUUUGUUCAUCAUCACGUCUACGAUGUCCAGCCGGGAUGGAUGAUCAUGCAUGGUGGUGGCUGUAAAAUGUAUAUCUUCCAUCCUCGCCUUAUUUUUGACCGUGCAAGUUGAUACUUGGCUGGCGGUAUACCUGGUGACAAUAUUUUCGAAAUAA